GAGGGUAGGAACAACCGAGCUUUUCCCCCGCACUUCAGACGUCACCAGCAUUCGUUGAUGUUUUUCAAGGAAAAACACACGCGCGCACGCUGAAUGGUGAGAGGAUUCCCCAGUGUCGUCGCCGUGGUGUGCAACCCCGUCGUGGGCGAGUGACGCGUGGUGUGCUUUGCUGCUGAUGCGAAAGUAGCCCUGCUUGCGGGCUGGGUCAGCCUCUGGUGGAGAUGCACUCGUGCCUCGAGCUGCAGGCUCCGCACCUGGCGUUCCGACCCUGCGCGUCACCCCCGGCCAGACCCGAACCGCCGACCUGGAGGAAAGCCGCGUACUCGGCUGCCGGAUGGCUUGAAGCAAGACACCGUCAUGACUCCAAGAGUGGUCCGCCGGUGAGCUGGGCCGCCUCGAGCCCCCCUGCACCGCUGUGGGACCACGAGCAGCUGCAGCCUUCUCCAGCGGCCGCCUGGAGUCUCCCACUGCAGACCAAAGUCAAUGGCUCUGAGCACCAUGGAAGUCCACCAUUGCAAAAAGAACCGCCGACGCCGCUCUAUCCUCGAAGCCUGCUGGCGGCCAAACCUGGCAGCCCGGCUGAGCAGCCGCACGGAUUCCAGCGGUGGAACGCUUCAGGCCCGAGCUUGGAGGAAGGCGACCUGCUGCCCAUGUACGGCGGUGGCGGCCGGCCGUCGAGCAGCGGCUCGUCGUCUUCGGCCGGCACGCCCAGUCCCAUGCUGGCCGCGCCGCAGCCGCUCAAGGCGGCCAACGGCGCGGCCACUGCCACCACUGCACCGCAUGGCCACCCGACGCAGCCCAGGAAGUACCAGUGCAAGAUGUGCCCACAGAUGUUUGACGCCAAGGCAGAGUUGCAGCUGCACGCGCAGAGCCACCUGCGGGAGGCCAAGCCGUACCGGUGCGCGCAGUGUAGCAAGGCGUUUGCCAACGCGUCCUACCUGUCCCAGCACGCCCGCAUCCACUCGGGCGUGAAGCCGUACCGCUGCGACCUGUGCGACCGCAAGUUCACCCAGCUGUCGCACCUGCAACAGCACGUGCGCACGCACACUGGCGACAAGCCGUACCUGUGCCGGCACCCGGGCUGCGACAAGGCCUUCUCGCAGCUGUCCAACCUCCAGUCGCACUCGCGCUGCCACCAGGCGGACAAGCCCUUCAAGUGCCACUCCUGCUACAAGUGCUUCGCGCACGAGGACGCCCUCCUGGAGCACAUCCCGCGCCACCGGGACUCCAAGCACCUCAAGACGCACAUCUGCCCUCGGUGCGGAAAAAGCUACACGCAGGAGACGUACCUGCUGAGGCACAUGCAGAGGCACGCACACCCAUCGCAGCCCGCUACGCCGUCCGCCCUGGCACCGCCCGCUCCUCUCUCUGCGCCCUCCGCGACGCUGACGUGGCCCGAGGGCGAGUCGAGGUUGCCGCACCCGCCUCUGCAGCAGCAGCCGCCGCAGGGUGCGAACGCCGCCCUGGCCUACUGCAGCGCCCAACCGGUGCCGUCGUCAGCACAGCCCCAGUACGAGCCCAAGAACGCCGCCAGCCAGCUCAUCUCGCUGCACCACAUCCGGAACUUCGCCGCCAUGCCACCUACCUCUCACGUCUGACAGGGUCCCUGCGGCGUCUCGCAGUUCGAGGCCCCCGACCGGCACGUCGCCCCGGAUGCCUCCGAACGGUGCUCGCUCGGUGAUCUGCGAGCUGGACGCGACCGCAUCGUCCGCUCGACUUGUGGCGAAGUGCGUGUCUGCACGACGGUUGGCGCGGACUUCAGAACGGCAUCAUCGCAGUUUAGGAGAGCGACAGUCGCUGUCAUUCGCUGAUCCUAGCUCAAGCUCACGCGCAAAGGGCUACGUACGGCUGGAGGACUUCGCGCGGCAAGGCUCCGCGGCAUACUGGUGAGCCGCGUCGGCAAGCCGCCGGAGAGGUACAUCCCAGCGGGUGUGCAGAUAUUGCGGGACUCGUGGACGUGGGCUUCCAGUUGGUCACGUGACCAUCAUAGCUUCUGUCAGUCAACUUUGUGAAAGCGCUCAACCGUUGUGAACUGCCAUCUUCAGAAGAAGCGGGAAAUGUGUUGGGGACUCUUGCCCGAAUUCGUGUUUGGAAACUGGCCGGAUGAGACAGUGUGAUUUCGGUGCUUCCUUCCUCUGAAGGCAUUCUUCAUAGCACUGCAGCGAUCGUCAGUCUUUGUUUGAGGCACUGUGCUAUGCUGGUUGCAGGGUUCUCUUACCCGCACAUUGGCACCAAAAUAUUCAAUAUGAAGAUGCACGUGUAGCAAGAUUGCAACUUGAGAACUGUGCAAGCGAAUUGUUUAAUCAGCUGUUUAGAAACCAACCCCACUUGUAAAACUUAUCUCCUUUCGUUUGUUUGGGGGCUUUGAGAACUGGCGCAGCAUACAGAAGCACUCUUUCGUAACUUGCAUGAACAAAGCAUUUGCAAGCACAGCAUGUAGCCACUCUUCAGCAUCACCAAAUAUUUGUGACCAUAGCAAACAUUGGUACAGCUACUCUCAUUGGCGCAUUUGGGAAAAACCAUUGUGGGAACCUUAUGUGCUACGUUUGUAUAAUGCAGGUGCUUAGGCACAUCAAAUAAACUUUUCUGCUCUAGGUUGGCCCAGAAACUGACGGGGUACAUUGUUGUAAUAGCAGCAGUAAACAUAAAAAAGAAUUGGAAAAACACUGCUUGGCUAUGAGUAAGGGUAGUUCAUUUGCAACAGGUCAUUGGAUGAACAUUUUGUUGAAAGCAAAUGUAAAUAGUUCCAACACUGCAAUUCGAGCUACAUUGUUCAUCUUGUAAUGUCAUAUACUAGGACUACACAUCUUCAAGCAGCAUCGGAAAUGCUUUCAUAGCUUGGAACUGCCAGUGAUGUGUUGUGCAAAAGUGUGUUCAUUGAUUGGAAGCAGUUAAACAUGUGUGUUGUGUUUAACGUCACGUGCAAGUUUUUGGAUGCUGCCUUAGACACUAUCCAUGUAAACAUUUUCCAACUGUACUGCGUCUGUGGGUUGCCUUGUGUGGUGCCAAUGGCUGCCUUAACCAGGCCAUUUAUUGUGUUGCUUGUGCACCAUGUGCCAUACCUCCUACAGUCCCAAACUCUCAGAUAAAGUGUGCCUGUCUGCAAACUUUAGGCCUAUGCACUACAGUGGGUGGAUAGUUUGAUCUUAACGUUGGCUGGGACAUGAGAAACAUGAGCUUGCGAUCUGCGAUUAGGCUGCAGUCUUGUUUGUGCCAUCACAAGCAACUCCUUAUGGUUGACAAAGGCGUUCUUGGUUGCUCUGUCUUUAAGUUGCUGGGUUUUUAGCCUUUGAUUUUCAGACAGCUACGCAACUACACAACUGCAUUCAUUGCAGACUACGUGCUAAUCAGUGCGAGGUGAUUUUGUUGGAAUCCUGUAAAGAAGUGCCCAUAUCGAAUGUAGGGCUGCGAGGUUCUCUCGUUACUGUUAAGAGCAGCUCAUUAUUAUAGGUCUAUUUUCUGCAGCCUGAGCAGCUCGAAAGGUUUUAGAUUUAUUCUUGAGUGGAAGUUAAUUAUUGCAGAAAGCCCAGCAUUGAACCUGGCAGCAGCCAUUUAGUCGGUGAAGCAGGAUCUGUAUUAUCAGUUGUCAAAACUUCAAAAUUGGUGUUUAGUUUAAUCAUGGCAACUCAUUUUGCUGACUAAGAGACGCGCGCUAUACAAGUGUGCUUACCAUUCCAAGCAAGAUCCUGGUCGUCUACUGGUGUGGCUAGAUGUUUCAGUGUGCCAAUUGAAAUCCUCACCCCAGAUUGUCCAUUUCACAUCACGCCUCCUCACUAAAAUGUUUCAGUAUAACGUCCUCACUGUGUUGCCAUCAUUCCGGCACAUGAAAGGGAGUCCAGUGCCACUGGCGACACCUGGUGACACUAGUUUCAUCAAACAUGCAGAACACUUGUGAUGCUCGCUGCUGCCAUGUUCAGUGUGUAAUAUGGCAGUUUGCUGCAGUACAGAAUUGUCAUUAGCCUGAGGAAUUUGUCAUAAUUUCAUAUGCCUGUACGUUUUAAUUUUAAGCUUAGCCCUGUAGUACAAUGUGGCUACUAUAUUGUGGUAUAGCGCACUUUUUCAAUGAUAUCGUCACUCGCACUCUGAUCCCUUACAAUCUUGCCAUCAUGGUAACGCAGGGAACGGUGUGCGUGCACUGCCGGCUGAAAUUCACUGUUUUACAGUGAACAAAACACAAACUGAGCCUUCAGCAGUGUCACAUAUGGUUGUAGUGUGCGCUAUCUGUAUUUCAGCCAAAGUGAAUGUUGAGGAACAGGCGAACAUGUGCCCUCAUUUUUACCACUGUUUAUGAUUUAUUCCAAUGGCUUCCAACUUAGUCAUGGGGAAUCCACGCACCCCCACCUUAUUUGUGCACUUGAGAUAUGCAGGUGCUUUCUGUAAUCUCUUUAUUUUAAUUCAGUUUGCCUGAAGCAGUAACAAUGUUAUGCUCCCCCUCUUCUGUGCAGCUUUCAUUGGCUGCUCAUGCUUUUUCAUCAGUAAAGGUUCAGUUCGGGAUCAAUGAAAGAAGUCACAAAUCUGCCAUCAGAAAAGGCACAGUGAAGCCGUUUCUAAAGGAUACUCUGAUGAGCAAAGGUUAAGGCAUCUCUGAUUUAUGCCUGGCAGCAGGUCAGUCAAUGAAACUGGCAUAGCGAGACCUUGUGCAGAAGUCGCUUUUCGAGUGUGUGGUUGACUGGAUGUGUCUGCGAGUGAUUCGAAUUAGCCCAAAGAACCCGCCACUGUUGGAGCCUGCACAGCAAGAGCGUUGUUGAAACGACAGAGCGCUUCAAGCGAGAGCGAUAACAAGAGCAGUGAGUUAAGCGAAACGAAGAUGGCGAAGGAUGAAGAAGACAAAAAUGGACUGUUUGCUAUGGUUGUGUCUUCAUGUGUACUACGUCUGACUGCACCUCUCAAAGUGUGAUCGCAGUCGUAUGUAACGCUACGUGUAGUGAUCGGUGCCAGGCACCGCUGUGGCGCGCGCAUUUGUGUCGCGCCGUCGUCUCUAUGUGUGUGUAUGUGUGUGUGUGUCGUCGAUGUGUGAGCGUGUGCGUCUUUCCGUCAAAUAAACAUAUUCUGUCUCUUA